AUGUGGGCUGAGUACACGAAAAGUGUGGCGAAGUCUGACCCCGUGGCAGUCAUGCUGGCUACGCUAAAGAGAUACUACCCGGAAGAUGAGCUGGUGACCAUGCUUGUAGCAGCCAAGGAGUCCAAUACAAUAGAUAUGCUGUUCGCCCAGUUGUAUGCCGAGUGGAUCACUGCUGAAAAAACUCUGGACGAGGCGUUCACGACUUUUGGGCUACACGAAGUAACGGAACACGACUUGAAACAUGGCGCGUUUACCAGAUGGCUCAGCUAUGCUGACGAGUACUUCAAAGCUCACGAUGACAACAACAAGAGCAUUGUGGAAUCUGACGUCGCAGCAGAAGUUCUAUCUACGCUACAGAAGAAUCUUGUGGACAAAGUCCUGGUGAAUCUGCUCGCGGCAGCCAAGAAGACCGACAGAGUGGAUAGCAUUUUCUCCAAAUUGUAUGCUGAGUGGGUGAAUCGAUACACUCCUCUCGAUAUAUCUGGAGCUCUUGGGCUACAAACAGCAUCGAGUGAGGAAUUUCGUGACAGAUGGAUUAGCUACGUUGAUGAGUACUUUAACGCUCAAGAUAUCGCUGGCAAAAGUGUCCCAGAAUACCUCCCCGAGAAUAUGGUGCGUGCGCUGACGAUUUACUACCCGAAAGAUAAGAUGCUGAGCAUGCUCGCAAACGCCAAGAGGACCGACGAAGCGGACCGCAUUUUCUCUAGGUUGUAUACCAAGUGGAUGACUGAAGGAAAAACUCCGCUCGAUGUGUUCAUGGCUUUUGGGCUGCAUGAGGCAAAGACCGUUGACGCAAAACACGCUUCGUUUGCCAGAUGGCUCGACUUCAUUGAUACACAGAACAAGGAUCAGGGAAACGCUGGACUGAUCAUGCUUACGGCGGUGGCAGGACAUGUCAGCUAUUCCGAUCUGAUACAGCUGCUUGGAAAAGCAAAGACCGAGGCGGCUCAAAUCGCGAGAAACAUGCUACCGCGUUUCUGGAGUAAAAAUGGUCCAAACGAGGCAUUUAAAGAGGCUGCGCUCAAGGGAGAUGGCGAAUUACUGUCGAGCGCAGGGUUUCUGGCGUGGAUAAAGUUUAUGAGCAGUCAUAACAAGGCGAACCCUUCUCAAAAAGCGAGCGUGUUUGAGACGAUGGAACGCUUCUUUGGCGAGAAACAGUUGACAACGGUCUUAAUCGCGGCAUCGAAGAACUCUGUAUCCACUGAACUAUCCAAAGAACUGCUGCCUAAGCAGCUCGAGCAUUGGCUUGAGAGAAAAACGUCAGCAUUUGCCGGGGAAGAUUAUACACCCGAAACUGUUUUCACGAAGCUGCAACUCGAUAAAGACAAGAACGUCAUAAUGAAUCCGCUGUUCCGUCUAUGGGUCAACUACGCCGGCGAUGACAGGGGAAGAGUGCCUAUACUUCCCGUACUUCUUGAGUACUACGAGACCGAUGUUCUCGCAAGGAUGAUCCUCGAGGCGAAAAAGAUUGAGGACGGAGCGCUAGCUGAACACGUAAAGUUUAGUCUUUUCAACUAUUGGUUGGAUAGGGCAACAUCAACCGGUAAAGAUCACCGCCUUUUUGCCUUUGACGCUUUAAGAAUCGGCGAGAACGGAUUGCCGAGCGACUUGUUGAGCGUCUACAAGGAGUUUUCGGCUUUCAGUGCGAAGACGAUGAACUUAAGAAUGGACGCAGCGGGGACUCCAUCCGUAAAGGCGGCACAGAUGGUGCAUCAAGUAAGAGAGAAGAAGACGGAGGCAGCGAAGGCCAAGGAAGCGGUACCGAUGAAGUCGACGGAGACCUGGUGGGGGUGCCCAGAAUGGAUCUCCGGUCUCUUUUCAGAGACGUAG